CACUGAGUGUGUGCCUUCAGGCUCCUGUUCCUCCUCUCUGCUGAGAAGAGAGCAUGUCCUGGGUGGUGGGGGGGUCCUAAAUGAUGGACACCUCCUUUCCGAGGCAUCGCUCCUUGAAGAUGUCCUGCAUACCAUGAUGGAGAUGACCAAGUUUACAACUCUUUGCAGUUUAUUUCGAUCCUGAGCGAUGUUUCUCCCCACCCCAAUACCAGGCGGGAUUUUCUUGCAGGCAUUUCGAGAGAAGUAAAGAAAUGCAAUAGAGGGUGUAUACUUUAAGAAGUCUGAGAACUAUAAGAAGCCCCUUUGAGUGUGAAGAUGCUGUUGCUGUUCCUGAGCCUGGCAUUGGCCAGCUGUGUAUCCGCGCAGGGGAACUGCUCCAGACAAGCAUGCUAUCCCCAACUCCGAGAUCUAACUGUCGGACCAGCCAGCAAGCUUCAAGCUUCAUCGACGUGUGGCCUCCAAGCAUCUGAGAAAUACUGCAGUGCAAAGAUGUUAUAUGGGCGGGAAUUACUGCAGUGCUGUAUCUGUGACUCCAGGAAUGAAUACAAUCCUGUGUACUUCACCAACAGCCACCGUAUCACCAACGUCAUUCCCUCAGACUCCCUGAGGAGCUGGUGGCAAUCAGAAAAUGAUCAGGAUCAAGUCUUCAUACAGUUAGACAUGGUUGGGAAGUUCCAACUGAAUGAAGUCAUGCUCAGGUUUAAGUCUCCUCGCCCGGCUGCUAUGAUGAUCGAGCGCUCAGAGGACAACGGCCAGACCUGGAAACCCUACCAGUAUUUCGCUGACGACUGUGCCGCCACCUUCCCUCACAUCGCGACUGGCCAGCCACGAAGCUUUGAUGAUGUCCGUUGCCAGGAGCAACCCAGGACAAAUGAUCCGUCGGAUCAGGAGGUUACAUUUAACCCUCUCAGCCUGGCUGACUACAUCAGCGCCACAAAGGGCAACAAGAUUAACAAUUUAACACCAUUUACAAACCUAAGGAUUAAUUUUAUCAAACCCUACAAGUCGCCCUCAUCUCAGCAACUCAGCAACGUCAACACCUUCUACGCCGUGUAUGAGCUCAAGGUGCAGGGCAGCUGUUUCUGUCACGGCCACGCCUCCAGAUGUGCGUCAGGAAGCAAAUCCUCAAUCACCCCACGGGGCCCCAGGCCAAGGAGUCCUGGACAGUGUGCCUGUGAGCACAAUACCGUAGGCAAGAACUGUGAGAUGUGUGCAAGCUUCUACAAUGACCAGCCAUGGAGGCCGGCAGAUGAAUAUAGUCCCAACGUGUGUAAGAAGUGCAACUGCAACAACCACUCACAGAAGUGCCACUUUGACCCUGCGGUGUACCAGGCCAGCGGGGGGACCAGCGGAGGAGUUUGUGAUGACUGUCAGCACAACACCAUGGGGAAGAACUGUGAGAUGUGCAAGCCCCACUUCUACCGACACCCUCAGCGAGAUGUCAGUGCAGUGGAUGCCUGUGUGGCGUUAGCUUGUGACUGUGAUCCCUCGGGCUCGGUUGACGGUGGGACGUGCGACCCCGUGACACAACAGUGCAGGUGCAAGGAGAAUGUGGAGGGAGCUCGCUGUGACCGGUGCAAAGCUGGUUUCUACAGACUGGACGCCAGUGACCCUGCAGGCUGUCGGAGGUGCACGUGCAGUGGGCGAGGUUCUCAGUCGGGUGGACUCUGCAACCAGACAACGGGCCAGUGCGCCUGCCUCCCCAACGUGCUGGGUUCCAACUGCGACCGGUGUGCCGAGGGCUUCUGGAACCUGAGGAGUGGAGUUGGCUGCACUCCCUGCAACUGUGAUCCUACAAACUCCUACAGUCAGCGCUGCGAUGAGGUUACAGGUCAAUGCGCUUGCCGAACGGCCAAUAGUGGAAGGACUUGCAGCUGGUCAGUUCUGCAGAAGUGUCCAGAUUACUACUACCGUCUGGGUACAGGAUGCAUGCGGUGUGACUGUGACCGCCAUGGCUCUGAGAGUGCCAUGUGUGACAAGAACACAGGUCAGUGCCUGUGUCAGCCAGGGAUCACAGGCAGACGUUGCAACGAGUGUCCGCGGGUCCGUGGUUACUGCUCUGACUUCCCAAACUGCCAGAAGUGCCACCCCUGCUUCCAGAUGAUGGACAACGAGCUGGGCGCGAUCACCACGCGGCACAAAGCCCUGCUGAACGUAAAGCUGCCGGGCCGGGCGAGCAGUCAGUACGACGGUGAGAUCAGUGCGCUGGAUAACAAGCUGCGGCAAAUCCAGGCAAUCAUCAGCAACCCGGCUGUGAGAAACAGCACCAUCGAUGAGGUGUACGACAACCUUCAGCGACUCAGAGUGGUGUCAAACAACAUCAACGCUGACUUCAGUAAUGGGGAUCAGAGUUUCCGGCUGCAGAGAGAACUGGAUGAGCUGAUGAGGGACGUGAGAAGCAUGGAGAGCCAGGUGCAGAUGAAGAGAGAGCAGGUGGAUCGCUACAUUGCUGAAGGGUCUGAGGGCAAUCAAGGCACCUUCACAAGCAUUCUCUCCUCGUACCAACGCUCCCAGGAAGCCAAAGACCAAGUCACCACCAUCGAACCCACUAUCCUGAAAGCUCGAGAUGCGCGCUUCACCGCAAAGAACCUCGAGGGGCGACUAAGCUUGGACAACAGGGUCAAGCUGCAGAUGCUGAAGAAUGGCCUGAAGACCCCAGAUGUCUUGCCGCUGAUCCACAAGGUCUGUGGUGGCUCCAGGAAAGAGCCCUGCACUGCAGAGCGAUGCGUGGGAGAGCUAUGCCCGGAGUUCUGUGAGGGCCGCGACUGCCAGGGUGCUCUUCAGCUGGCACGGAAAGCGAUUGAAGACGCUGAGAGAGGAAGUACCUCCAUCCCAGGUGUCACCAACAGGAUUGCAGAACUCUCUCGGAAGCUCGAAGAUACUGAACAAAUGGCUCAAGAGAUUAAGGACAAUGCCUUAGGUCUGACAAAUCGAGUUGUCUCUGCCAAGGAUCAGAUGCAAAAUAACCUCGCAAACAUCAAGAACCUCAUCGGCCAAAUCAAAGACUUUCUGACAACAGCCCAGGCCGACCCAGAUGAAAUUCAGAGGAUCAGUGAGAGUGUUCUGUCGCUCAGGCUGCCCACGGACGCCGCCACAAUCCGAAGCAAGAUCAACACCUUGCGCAACGUUGCAGCCAGCCUUCCUGACGUCACCGACAUCCUGGCGGAUACCCAGGAGGAUGUUGAAAUAGCCAAGGCCCUGCUUAAUGAAGCACAGAGAGCCAGGGAACGAGCUGAUGAAGUGAAGGAUGAUGUCGGUGAAGCUCGCAUUGCUCUGCAAGAUGCUAACAAUGCCCUGAGGAAGGUGAACGGCAAGAUCGAUGACAUCACAGAGGCCAUCACCUCUACGCAGGAUCGCGUCAGAGAGACCGAAGACAAGCUGAUGGGCACAGAGACCAGCCUGCAGGACGUGACUGCACGACUGAGCGGCCUCACUGGUCAGAUCAACGGCCUGAUGACACAGAACAAGGCAAAUAGGCGGAGGGCCCAGGAGCUGGACAGGAGUGCUAACGAUGCAUAUGACACAGGGGAGGAGGCACAGCGGGAUCUGAAACUUCUCCGUGCUGAGUAUGAAAAACUUCGAAAUAAGGUUCCAGAAGCUCUCCCGAAGGACCUAAUGGAGCGAGUCAAUCGGAUUAAAGUUGAGGCUGGACAGAAUCUUAGGAAGUAUGAGGAGUUCAUGGCAAUGAUUAAAACAACUGAACAGAACCUUGCACUGGGAGCCAAGCAACUGGAGAGCAAGUCUGCACAGCUAGAAGACUAUCAGAGUAAAGUAGCCAAGAUCAAGGAUUAUAUUGAAUCUCAAGCACGGUACUACAGACAAUGCACACCGUAAUGCUACACGGGCAUCGUGUGAGGCUUGCUGAAGAGCAUCUUUGUUUCUGAAGAUUCAAAAUUCAUAUUGGGAUUUGGAGUAUGAGACUCUGACUCUGCUUUAUUCAAAAACAACUUUGUCCCAAGCAGUUUUUUUUAAAAAACAAUCAUCGUGAAUACGUUCAUUCUCACUUUCAUUUCUCCACUUUUUUAACCAGAAUGUGUUCAAUUUUGUUUUAUGGAUAGCAAAUGAAAAGCUUUCUAUAGGAAGCUAAUUACAGUGUUGUAUUAACUUAUUAAAAUGCAAUAAAUUUAAAACAAUCAGCUUUUCAGUAGAUGGAGCAAAAGCCCUGGUUUACCUGUCGAGCUCACUUCCUGAUUCAGCAGUGGUGUUUGGGGGUCAUCAUCUCAUGCUGCGAUUGUUCCUGGCAAAUCUUUCUACAGAAGUGGUUUGCCAUUGCCUCCUUCUGGGCAGUGCAGGGUAACUGGGCGAUAUUUCCAUGUUGAAUCACUGCUUCCCAUUUGAUGUUGGGUGAUGGCAGAGGAUCAAAUGUCAGUCAGUCUGAAUUAAUUCCUAUGCCUGUGUACACAUCGGUGUCUAACACUCUCUCCACAGAACAUUAGGGACUGCUUAUGAAUGUUGAUCAUGUGGUGGGAAUUGGUCAGCAGUUUUCAUGGAGAAAGUAUUACACUAGUCCCACCUUCUCUGAGAGAAUAAGUGCUAAUUUAUUGUCACUCAGCCAUGCACAUAUAUACAGCCAAACAAAACACCGUUCCUUCAGGACCAAGAUGCAAAAAGUAGUACAGAUAGUCACACACAACAUACAACACAAUACCACAUACUGUCACAGAGUAAUAUUAUCAAAAGUCCCCGAGUGUCAUGGUCUGCAGAUUGAAGGUGAAGGUGAAGGUCUUGUAAACCUGACCUGGCAUUCAAAGGGCAAAAGAAUAUUCAAUAUAACCUUCCUCCUUCAAACAAUAAAUGGUGUCCAGAAGCAAGCAGAAUGACUUGCCAUGGCAUAGGGAUUAGGGCAAUGCUUACAGUGAUCAGCGAUUCAAUUCUGGCUGCUGUCUGUAAGGAGUUUGCAUGUUCUCCUAUGACCAUGUGGGUUUCCUCCAGGUGCUCUGGUUUCCUCCCACAUUCCAAAGGUGUGUGGGUUAGGGUUAGUAAGUUGUGUGCAUGCUAUGUUGGUGCCAGAAGUGUGGUAACAUUUGUGGGCUGCCCCCAGCACAUCCUUGGACUGUGUUGGUCAUUGAUGCAAAUAAUGAAUGUUUCAAUGUAUGUGUAAUCUAAUCCAAUGAACACAUGAAAACUUGAAACAAAUGUUGUCACAGAGAUUUUAAUCUUUAUAUCUACAGAAACAUUUCUCAGAAGCGAUUUUGGUCAUUUUGUUCAACACAAUGUAACUGGAAGGUGAAACGUAUUUCACUUUGAGUUUUCAAAUGCAGUUUUAAGAGAAAAAUAAAACCGAUGCUCAGACUUAAAGAGCAGCACCAGGCAGAGACAACCCCAAGGUCUCUCAGCCAUGCACCAUCACCAGUUCAGAAGCUGAGCACUUUGAUUAGCGAAGGUUUGAUUUAUUGUUAACUGGAGCAGGUGAAUGGCUCCAUGAUGAAUGGAGACAUUCACAAUAUGCAACACUUGGUGUUGAGGCCAAUACAGUUCACCUUAGUCUCAUCCAACCACAAGACUUUCUUCCACAUAUUUACAGUAUCUUCUAAAUGAUACUUUGCAAAGUCCUUACAGGCAAAGAUGUGCUUUUUUUUAGUAAUGUGUGAUGUAAAUCUAAUUCUGCGCAUAAGCUGGGUAAUGCCAUCCCUACUGUAAAUCAUGGUAGAGGUAACAUCGUGCUAUGGGGACGCUGUUCAACAGAUUGGACUGGAAAUCUGGUCAGGAUUGAUGGGAAGAUGAAUGCUGCUAAAUACAGAAAGAUCCUGAAUAAAAACUGAUAGUCUCUGCCAGAAAGCUUAAACUGGGGAAUAAGUUUGUCUUUCAGCAGGGCAAUGACCCAAAGCACACAGCCAGAGAAACCAUAGAGUGACUUAAAAUGAAGAAAAUUGAUGUCCUUGAGUAGCCCAGUCAGAGUCCAAAUCUUAACCUAAUCGAACACUUCUGGCAAGAUGUCAGAUUGCUGUCCACUGCUGCUCCCCAACUAACCUGGCCCAGUUUGAGCAAUUUAGCAAGGAGGAAUUAGCAAAUCUUGCUCCAGCAUGUUGUGCAAAGCUAAUUGAGAUUUACAAGACACUGUAUGCAAAACCUUCUAGCUGAAUCCAAAUACAAGUUACAUGAGGAGCCUCUACACAGCUAUUCACCCACCAAAUUAAUGUAUAGCUUUAAAAACCAAACAGAUAGAACAAAAUCCUUUGACUUUUAGAAAUUCUGAUGUGGAGCAAAGAUCUGCCAUUCCUGGAAACCUGAUGUCAAAAACUGAAUACAAAUCAAAGUCUGCAGAUUCUGAAAACCUGAAAUAAAACCAGAGAAUACAAGUAAAGUGUCUGCAGAUUCUGGAAACCUGAGACGAAAACUGUGAAUACAAACCAAAGUCUGCAGAUUCUGGAAACCUGAAAUAAAAACAAUACAAAUAAAUAAACUGCAGUUUCUAGUAACCGGAAGCAAAAACAGAGGGUACAUAUAAAAAGCUGCAUAUUCUAGAAACCUGAAACAGAAAUGGUGCUGGAAGCACACAGACAGACAGGCAACAUCUCGUAAAUAAAAACAAUUAACUUCAGGGCCAGAAUCAUGGUGAACCAUCAACUCAAGUUUCCCUUUCCAUAAUAAAAAGCAAAGCUGGGAACACUGAGCAUUUUGGACAGUGUCAACAUUUCAGGUCAACAGCCAUUGUCAGAAUGGUGAUCUAUUCUGAGUUCCUCUCUAAAUUUGAAUUUAUUAACUGGAAGCUAGGGCAUUCAUUUCUUUGGAGUGAAAGCGAAUGAAAGGAAGGAUAGAU